AUGCACAUGGGCCUUUUUGAUUCGAAGUUCGCCCUGCAUCGUGUUUGCCAGGUCAAGGGAUGUGAGCAUGAUGACCACCAGGAAGAAGAGGAAGACGUGGAGGAGGAAGAGGAGGAGGACGACGACGACGAGGAGGAGGACGAAGAGGACGAGGAGGAGGACGAGGAGGACUCCGUGGAUGGUGGGGAAGAAGCCCGCACGGUGCCUUCGGCGGCGCCGCCGAAGGCCGUCGUGCCGCGGCCGCGGCCCAUGGUCCCCGACAGCGACGACGAAGACGAUGAGGAGUCUGGAGAAGAGGGCUUCAUGGACAUUAUGCGCGGCCUUCAGGCGCGAGUCCGGAAGCCUGCUGGUGCUUCGGACGCCUCCUCGUCGCAGGAUGCGCCGAGGCCGGCCAAGCCGGCGCGCAAGCGCGAUGAGGAGGCGGAGCUCGAACGGGAGCGGAAGGAGGUGGCGAAGCGUACGCUGGAGCUCAUGGAGGCCCGGCGCAUGGUCGAUGCAGCCCUGGAGGGAGAUAGCGGCAAGAAGAAGGGCCGCAAGCGCAACUACGUCAACAAGCGCUGCAGCGUUCACCUCAUCAGGCAGAAGAUGGACGAAGAACUUGCGGCACAGGAGCGGGGGCCGCGAUAUGUCAACAACGUGGCGAUCUUCGUGAAGAAGGGGCAAAAGGACAUUGACGCCAACACGGCCGAUGUGCUCGUGAAGAAGGAUGAGAAGGAGAAGGCGAAGAAAGCCAAAGAGAAGGAGGAAAAGAAGUCGGCCAAGGCUUCGGAGUGA